AUGGUUAAGGUAGCAAUUAUUACGUACUCCUGCUAUGGUCAUAUAACUACCAUUGCAAGGGAGAUUAAAAAAGGUGUUGAGGCAGCUGGUGGUGAAGUAACUUUGUUCAGAGUUCCUGAGACACUUCCCGAUGAUGUUCUGGAGCAAAUGAACGCUGCUGAAAAGCCAGAGGACUUCCUAAUUGCUAAUGGCGAAACUCUUACCGAUUAUGAUGCUUUCUUGUUUGGUGUACCCACUCGUUUUGGUAAUGUUCCAUCCCAAUGGGCCGAAUUUUGGGAUAAAACAGGCGCUAUCUGGGUUCAAGGCUCCCUAUGGGGCAAACCAGCAGGUGUAUUUGUCAGCACUGGUACCUAUGGUGGUGGCCAAGAAGCCACAGUCAAGACUUGUAUGAACUACCUUGUCCACCACGGUAUGGUAUUUGUUCCAUUGGGCUACAAAUACACAUUUGCAGAAUUGUCGAAUGUGGAGGACAUCCACGGCGGUAGUCCUUGGGGUGCUGGUACCUUGGCUGGUGCUGACGGUUCAAGACAGCCUUCCUCUCUUGAACUCAGAAUGGCAAAGACACAAGGUAAAACCUUUUAUGAAACUGCCUCUAAGCUAUGCGACAAAAAGCCCUCUACUAAAUCUAGCAAAAAUAUGGACAGUAAGCCAUCCGCCAAGCAAAAUACAUCCGCUACUGGCAAGGCAGAAGUAAAGACCUCUGGAACAACAACUCAACAGAAACCUACAGAAACACGUCCAAAAGAAAAGACCAAAUUCAAUCCAAGUAAAAAUUGUGUUAUUAUGUAG